AUGCCUAUCUCUGUAAUGAUGGAGUGCACGGCAUUGGAAACCAUGGAGGGCAAUGUGCCCGAUCCUCCAAAUCCAAUUAUGAAGUCGACUAAAUUGCUGGAAAACUCUCACCAAAAUCAAAACCCUCUGUCCACCCCUAGCCUGAGCGGUGAGGUUGCACCAAGUCUCACUUUCAUUAAUGGUCUUCACCACAGUCUUGUUGCUCUUCGCUACUGUGGAAGAUUAUUUCAUGAUGGACAAAAACUGAUCUCCAAGAUACACCAUAAGGAUUUCGGUGAUGGUUAUGCUUGUGCCACCUGUGUGGCCUCCAGUGUGCCACAGCAUUCCAGUGAAUUCAUUCAAAUACUUCAAAAAGAUGCACCCACUGCUGUGAGGGUGGUAUUGCUUGCAAACGAUCGCCCUACAGUUGACACAUUCAUGAUUGAAGGGAAGAGUUAUUGGCUUGGGUUUGCACGGGAACCAACGGAGAGGUUGAAGGAUGGAGAUGGACCACCGACCAUAUUGAUCAUACUGCCCAUGUCGACAGAGGAUGGACCUGCUCUUGAAAUACCGCUGAAGAUUGCGCCAACUUUGGCUUUUUUCUUUUGCAGUUUGGAGACUUUGGCGGUUUUGUUGAUACUAGUUGUCAUCAAUUCUGGUGAGCUAUGCAAGUUGAUCGUUUGUAAAGAACUUUGGGUUCAACAUUCAACAUCAAUAUUUAACAAGUAUGGAGGAGGGGUAAGUGCAGUUCUUUCUUUCAAGCGAGGAGGAGAUGUCAUUGGCGUCAUUGCAGUCAGGUCCAAUAUGGCAGGAAUGAAUCUGUCAGCUGCACUUGUCAUAUUUGUGAAGACAUUGAACUAUGUAAUGACAAAUACUGGAAGAUCUAAGUCAAUAUGCAAAGAUGAUCCAUGGAAGCUUGAUUACAAGUAA